AUGAUGCUGCCAAAAGGGAUACCAACGUUGCAAUCAACCGCCACCAAGAAUUGGACAAGACCGGAUAAUGUCUUUUGCACUGAACAUACUGAACCUUAUUUUAUAACAUGUAACACCAACCCCGCGUUACGCGGUCCAGCAACCGACCACGUACCAAUAAUCAGCAUACUCGAACUCGAAAUCCCGCGAGUGGACGUAGAACCGGUCUCAAAUUUUAAGGAAGUCGACUGGGAAGCGUUUAAUAAACUCCUCGAGACGGAAUUAGCUAAGCUCCCCCCGGUUCAGCCGCUGGUUACUAACGACGAAUUUCAAAGGGCCGCAAGAGACCUCACAAACACCAUCCAGAGGGUCAUCAUCGAGAAAGUCCCUCGCUCACGCCCAAACCCUCAUUCCAAGAGAUGGUGGUCGAGAGAACUCACUCUAAUGCGCCGCGAAGUAGCGAAAUUAGCUAACCUAUCCUAUAGAACGAGA